AUGUCUAGAUUAUGGGUCAGAUAGAAGACCAUCGGCUUUAAUCUGGCUCACUUCAGUGGAUGUGUUUCAGCGUUACACCUUCAGAGAUCCUAAUCAGGUAUAAAUUUGUUUUUAUUCGCGGAUUCGUUGAACGCUUCUUUGCGCCUCCAUCUGCGCCUUUUGUCGCCAGAGAUUCGGGAUGAUGUUUAUUAUGAGGCGUUGAAACAACUGACGGCGCGAUUGUCGAGCCUUAAAAAAAAAAUAACAAAAAGGGUGUUUCCAUAAUCGAGCUGUCAAACAUACGAGAAGCGUAGAUGUGAUUCCUUCUAACUGCGGGCGGCGUUCAAGACUUAAAAAAAAAAAUCCAUCCAAAUGAUGUCCGGAAAGCAUUUCAAGGCUCAUGAAGUGAGCUGCUGCAUCAAGUAUUUCAUCUUCGGAUUCAACAUCAUAUUCUGGUUCCUUGGAGUGGCGUUCCUCGGCAUCGGGCUGUGGGCAUGGAGCGAAAAGGGAGUUCUGUCCAACAUCUCGUCCAUCACUGACCUCGGGGGCUUUGACCCCGUCUGGCUCUUCCUCGUGGUGGGCGGCGUGAUGUUCAUCUUGGGGUUUGCCGGUUGCAUCGGAGCGCUGCGAGAAAACUCUUUCCUGCUCAAGUUUUUCUCCGUGUUCCUGGGUAUCAUCUUCUUUCUGGAGCUGACUGCAGGAGUCCUGGCCUUUGUCUUCAAAGAUUGGAUCAAGGACCAGCUCAACUUUUUCAUUAACAACAACAUUCGGGCCUACAGAGAUGACAUUGAUCUGCAGAACCUGAUAGACUUCACCCAGGAAUAUUGGGAGUGUUGUGGAGCUUUUGGAGCUGACGACUGGAAUUUGAACAUCUACUUCAACUGCACUGAUUCGAACCCGAGUCGUGAGAAAUGCGGAGUCCCCUUUUCUUGCUGCACCAAAGAUCCAGCGGAGGACGUCAUUAACACUCAGUGUGGAUACGACAUCCGAGCAAAAACGGACUCUGAGCAGAGGACCUUCAUCUACAUCAAAGGCUGCGUCCCUCAGUUUGAGAAGUGGCUUCAAGACAACCUGACAGUGGUGGCAGGCAUCUUUAUUGGAAUUGCAUUAUUGCAGAUUUUUGGCAUCUGUUUAGCGCAGAAUCUCGUGAGCGACAUCGAAGCCGUGAGAGAGAGUUGUUUGUUUACCUAAGACCGCCAAAGAGCUUUCAAAGGCAAGAAGGAUGUACCAGGACUCUGCAGUUUGGACGCCAGCAUCAAAGGAAAAUAAAUUAAUCAGCUAAAGUGUCCAGUAUGUAGAGUUUCAUUCACAUGUAAAUAGUAAAUUUAGAUUAUUUUUAGAGUUAUUUGUGGCUCCAUUUUAAAUGAAGCUCAACCUCUGAGAUAGAAACUUUAAGAAAUGCAAUGCAAAUUUGUUACAUUACAAACAGCCUAUAGCUGUGCAGAGGAGCCGAAGAGGAAAAAAUUAUUUGUGCACAGGACAAAGGAAAGUAGAGUUAACUUUUUCUCUGAGGUAGUGCUUUAUUUAGACAACAAAAGGGGGCUUUGGUUUUCUAUGUCUCACAGCUGCAGUUGUUAACAGCUGCAUGUAAGGGUUGUGUACAAAGAUAUGAGUGAUUCUGGAAAUGCACUGCAUGCCUAUUGUCUACUGACAGGACAUUGGCUCUCCUAACUGUAUUUCAGUAACGUUGCGUAUUUUAAAAUAUCUGUAAAAUAGUCACUAGUUUAGAGUGAAGCGGCUGGUUAGCACUUUGUUGAAUGUCAAAUGAAAUCUACUUCAAAGCUACGGAGAAUUAACUUUAGAUUUAUUCACGUCUGCGAGAUGAUCACACAUACAGACACAUGCAGUCUGUCAGCAGAGUUUUGUGGGGCUGUAGUGACUUGUAAGACGUGAUGGAUGUGGUAGGCUUUGUAAACUUGCAGUUUGACAGAGUUUUGGCGACAACAUUAAAAAAAAAAAAGUUCAAAUACUGAAAGAACCCUGAAGAUUUAAUCAAAACUCAGCCUUAAGCACUUUAAUCUUCGUAAAGGAGCGAUGAAGCUCGUUGCAGCCAUUCAGCUUUUGUCACGAUGGACUGUUAUUUUAGUCAAGCAGCAACCACUGGAGGGGGCACUUUCCAUUAAAAAAUAGAAAAACAUGCAAACUGCAGCUGCAUAAUUAUGAGAUAAUUUGUCCAAAAAGCAGCUUGACAGAAAAUGUCUUUCAGCACGUGUUUGGUGCCAUUCCUUGCACAUUAUAUUACCAUUGAUCCAUUCUUUCAUUUUCCCUCUAUUUUUAAGUGUUGCCAAUGUGUUUCUUUGAUGAAAUCUGAUCAUGACGAUAAGCCUUUGUUGUUUGAUUUGGAGUUUCCACUGGAAAAGGAAGCUUUUUUUCAGAACGGCAUGCUGGUACUGCUUGGUGGCACAUAACUAAAUGUAGAAAUGAUUUAUAACCUGCAUACAUACAGUACUUGAAAGUGGAGCACACAGGCUCCACUACCAGCAUUAUUCAUAAUGCCAACAUUGGCAUUAACAGAACCAUGAAGCAGAUAAUAUACUGUUAACCUGGAGUGACAGCGAGUUUUACAGAACUUUUCCUUUGCUGUCUGAUCUUCUGCAGUCUUGAUGAAUUGAACAUCCUCGUACAAAAAGAAUACGAACCAGUCUCUUUCUGCUUUUGUAGAAUCUUAAACAGUAAAUGUCAGAAAGCAGAGAUGGUGUCAAAUAUUAUUUUAUUACACUAACAGCUCCAUAUGAUUGUCAGUGUUGACUAAUCACACUUUACCACUCAGUGCCAUAUUUGUGAUUUCUACAUACUCCGGAUUACAUCUAUACUUUUGUUUCUUUUGUGCUCCUGAUUCUUGUAAAUAACUGGAUCGUGACAAGAUGUAAAUCUCUGAAAAAUAUCGGAAUAAAUGUGGUUCUUUGUA